AUGCAUCUCCUCUCCGAGCUCGAUAAUAGUCGACGUCACACCCUGCCACCCACGCUUCCCCUCGUCGCCGUCGCCGUCCCCCACGCUUCCCCCCACCGUCGCCCUCGCUUCCUCCAGCUGUCGCUCACACUUUACUCCGUCGUUGACCACGCUCCCCCUCCCGUCGCUUUCGCUUCCUCCCACCGUCGCCCUCGCUUCCUCCCACCGUCGCCCUUGCUUCCUCCCACCGUCGCCUUCGCUUCCUCCAACCGUCGCUUUCGCUUCCUCCCACCGUCGCCCUCGCUUCCUCCCACCGUCGCCCUCGCUUCCUCCCACCGUCGCCCUCGCUUCCUCCCACCGUCGCCCUCGCUUCCUCCCACCGUCGCCCUCGCUUCCUCCCACCGUCGCCCUCGCUUCCUCCCACCGUCGCCCUCGCUUCCUCCCACCGUCGCCCUCGCUUCCUCCCACCCUCCCCUACACUCCGCCGUCGUCAUCACUUCCCUGCCUAUCACGUUCACCCUCUUCGUCACACGUCGCCUCUCUCUCUCCCCCUAUUCUACCUUCACCACUCCUACCGUCGUCCAUGGUUACCACCCCACACUUGAACCCUUCUCAUUCUCUCACAUUCUCCCUUCUCCCUUGCUUCUCGCCCACACUAAACGCAGAGAUGUAUGGCGCCUGGGCGCUGGCCGGGGAAGCUCGUGCAGGCGGGCAGUGAGGAGCGCUGUGCACAAGGGGGCGAGGGGGUGGGGCAAGGGAGCGGGGGAGGCGUGGCAGGGGAGUGAGGGAGGGGGGAGUGGGGGAGGCGGGGCAGGGGAGUUGGGGAGGGGGGCAGGGGAGUGGGGGAGGGGGGGCAGGAAGCCGUCCCGUCUUCCUCCUCUUCCUCUUAUUUGCCUUCUCCUGUCCGUCCUUCCACUCUCCAUGCCUCCCUCCUCUCUUUCUCUCUCUUUCCCUCCUUCACUUCUCCCGUCCGCCCGUGCUCCCAGCCUCCCUCCUCCGUACCACUCUCCCACCCACAUUUUCUUUCAUCCUCCUGCCUCUCUUCCACCCUGCCACUCUUCUUUUCAGACUGCCACCUUCCGAGCUUCUUUUAGUCCACCUUUCCGUCUCACCCACUUGUCCUCUCCCAACUUGAUCCUCACAUCCUCCCAUCCCCCCUUCUCCCCUUCCACCCUCCAACCCUUGCGCUCAUCCUCCCUUCGUCUCACCCUCCUUUUUUCUCAUCCUCCCAUCCUCCCUCUCUUCCCUCCCCCCUCCCUUCCUCCUGUCCUCCCUUCCUCCCUUCCUUUCUUCCUCUCUUCCACCCUCUGCCCUACUCUCUGCUUCAGUGUCUUUCUCCCCUCUCUUUCCCCUUUCCUCCCUCCCUUCAUCUCAUCCUCUCUUCCGCCCUUCCUCCUUGUCUCCCUUGCUCAUUUCUCCCUCCUCAUAUUCCCUGUUCCCUGCGUCCCUCGCUGCCAUCCUCCCUUCCUCUCAGCCUCCUCACUUCCUCUCGUCAACCAUUCCUCCGCACCCUUCUACCCUGCCACGCCUAUACACUCCUACCUUGUUCUAGGGGCUUGUUUCUUGUUGCCUGCCUGCCCUUGCAUUGUCAUUGUUUUGUAUCCUUCCCCGCUGCUUCGACUCUUGGCACAUUAG